AAAUAACGAAAUGAGUAGGUCUACUAAAUGCUAACGGUAGGAAAAGAUGGGUUGCAUCUGUGAUUUUAAAUGACCAUUUUGUGUGGCGUUUGAUGCAAACAAACUUAAAACUUAUAAACACGUAAGGUAAGAUCUUAAAUUAGCCUACCAUUUCCACGUGAUUACAAACGACUUCACCCACAUCAUGGAGGAGCAUCUUAAAGGUAUUCAGUCGCUCUCUUUAAUUUAGGAUGACGUUCCUUCCGUGAUUUACCUAUUUGUUCUCUUUGAAUAGAUCAUGUAAGUUAAUGAUAUACCAUGUAGUUUUCCAUGUUGGGAUAAAGUUGAGAAAUAUACCCGGUUUGAGUGGUAUGGAAAACUGCGGGAAUUGUAAUUGUAAUUGCUUGUUAAAUGUAUAUGGAAAUGUAUGUGCCCCAAAAGUCAGGCAUACUUUAUUAGUUCAUUUAACAGUAAGUUACUACGAGAUAUGAUCAAAAAUGGGGCCUCGUGUUGUUAAGAUGAAUUAUGAGAUGUGUUUGACUUCACGAGGAACUGCGCAGAUAAAUCUGAAUAUGACGUCAAAGCACCGCAAGGUGUUUCGAAAGAAACGUUACACUUUCGGGUUGCUCUCGCGAUAUUUGAUGUCAUAGGCCAGUUUGUCUGCGCAGCGCCGCGUUAAGUCGAACAAGCCUUGUAAUUACAUACAAUAACCACAGUAAGUCAGGCUUUCCCCGAUUUAAGCAUUACACUCUUAAACUUGAACUAAUAAAUUUACACGCAAUGUAUUCGUUACACUACAUUUUAGAGAAGUUUAGCAAGAAAAGUUUAAUAAAUUGAAGUGUUAAUGCAGUAUUUAACCUAAAAUUCAUGCAGAAAAUGCAGCACUUGAUAUGUUAUUGCUUCCUUAGUAUAAAUUGGAUAAUUGCAUAGUUUGAAUAAAUGUGAUGGAAAUGAAACAUUCUAUGUGCGUGCAGUUACAAGUGAUCAGAAAUUUCCCAUGUGCACGAACUUGACCCCGAGGGUGACGUCAGUAAAAAUGUAUUUCAACAAUGUUUGCUUACUGAAUUACAGGUUUACAAAAGACGAACUGAAAAGAAGCCACAAGUUCAGACGUGUCCCUGACGUGUUCUCUAAAGAUUGACUUUAACAAGUGUACAAAACUUGGUGAACUCCUUGUUUUGUUACAGUUAAUAAAAUAUCAAUGCUAAAAUAAUAUUGACCUACAUAAUCCUUAUUGGUAUAUUUAAUGAAUGUGUUUUGUGUUUAUUAACUUUUUUCUUUUAUUAAAGUAUCUUUAUUUAAACCCCUUAAAUGUAUAUGACUAUGCUAUUAAAACAAAAUAACCAAAAUCUCAUGAUUGCCCAAAAAUGGCCACAUGUUAACCAUAACUGUUAGGUUGACAAAAAGCUAACAUUUCAAUUUUUUUCAACAUGGCAUGGAUUAGAUAAGAGUUGAAGUUAUUGAACGAAUAAAAAAUAAUAUAAUAUAAUUUAUGAAUAUAAAUGUAGCAAAUACAAAGUUUCUAAAUAGUGUGCUCAGUGUGUUCAAUAUUACUACAGUUUAUCUUUACAUAUAACAUAAGAAAUGAUGAUAUAUUAAUAAUGACAGUUCCAAACCAUAAUUCCUUGAACCAUGUUCAAAUCAUUUUCAUCACUUCAUCAAUUCUGUUUUGCCCUUGAGGAAGAUUCAUAUCUACUCUGGAAUUACUGUACAAUUCAAUUGCAUUACAUAAUUUACAUUACUUUAAAUGUUAUACAUAAAAAUAUGUUUAAUACACAGUAAAAACAAAAAUGAAAGCAAUUUUUUAUCAUUUCAAAAAUACAGUCUAUUCUUCACAUUCAGUGUGCUGUUGAAUGCACAUUCACCUAAGCAACACUAGAGGGCAGCACAAUGCCAACGUCAAAGUGUUGACUUAUGAGCUGCUAUCGUGUUUACCUUAAAAAAAAUCUAUUUAUAUUAAUUCAGCUUAAAAAAAAAAUGCAGGCCCAUUCCACUAACUGAACAUAUCUUAUCACAUACCCCAAAUUAUCGCUCUGUCUCCCUCUGUUAUCUGUCUUUCAGUCUUCAGUCUCAUUCUGGUUACUUUCGAAUGAUUACACACAAAUUUAACCCAUUUAUCCUCAAUGAAAGGUGGUAUUUUCAGUAUUCAGAGGGUGUUGAAGUUGCAGCGCUGAGGUGGAAAAUGAGAGCAGGGAGGGGAGGAGAAGAAGAGAGGAGGGAUCUCUACGUAGACAGUCAGUGUGAUGUUUUCCCCACUUAUUCUCUCUCCUCCUUUUCCUUUCCUCACUUCCAUCCCCACUUGUUAAACAGACAGUGCUUUAUUCACUGUACAGAUGGACACUAGAUCUUAUUGGAUCCUUUUUCUGGACCAAUCUUUUUUCUUCCCCUCUGUCAUCUAGUUCUCUCUCUCCCUCAGUUGUUUAUUUCCCCCAUCGCCCCACUUUAACUCAGCAUGGUGAACAGAUAACUGCUAAGCUGUUGAACAUGGGCUCCUGCCUCUGCAAAGGUCACCAAGAUCUUCAAGGUGGCCAGCAACAUCCUAUGGAAGAGCUUCAGUCUUAUGCUGAAGGACAGCCUAUUUUCCAGGGUAACCAUCAGUCCUACAAUGGGGGUUUGACAGAUAAAAGAAGCAGUAGUGGGUAUGACAUUGGAGAACUGGCAACAUCUUCCCUGCUGGGACUGCUGGCCACCAUUAAGGACCACAUCACCAAACCCACAGCAAUGGCCCAAGGCCGGGUCGCCCAUCUGAUUGAGUGGAAGAGUUGGGGAGGUGAGGCGACGUCUGGAGGCUUGUAUGGAUGGAGUAGAGAUGGUGGAGGCUGGGGAGGUGUCGGAGCGGCACUACAGGAGGACGAACAGCUCUACUCUCACCUUACUGAUGAAAUCAAGGAAGCUCGAUUUGCUGCAGGUGUUGCAGAGCAGUUUGCCCUGGCUGAGGCAGCGAUGAAUGCCUGGUCCACACAAGACAUUGAAAGUCAAGCCACAACCAGCACAAUCCCAUUACAAGACCCCGAGAGCCUUUAUCUCUCUCAGUUCCUGUUGGAUGGAGGGAGUCUAGGUGUUCCUCAGCAUCUCUACAGAAUGCACAUGGAGGCUAAUGAUGAAACCAGCUCUCUGGGUCCUUCUCAGCCCCCUAAAUCCCAUUCCCCCAGCCAUUCCUUUUCUCCGAUUGACGCGCAGCGUCCUGAACAACAGCAGAGAAUUUCUCAGUCGGAAAGGGCCAUGCGGCAUGCGGACAGCAUCUCUUUGUCGGAGGAUGAGGUUUUUUAUAACUGACUGACGGCUGGUGAUGAGAAGGAUCAGCGUUUUUCGUCUGUUGUUUGUGUUUGCUGAUGCGAAAGAGAAACGGUAUGAAGUUACACCUGACAAGGUUAUCGCUUUACUGUUGAAGUACACUGCUCAGCGUCUUCAAACAAUGAAUGCAAGGAUCGAUGUACAUGCGAUCAUGCUAAUUCCAUAUCAUAUGACCUUUCUGCGAAUGAAACCUUCUCUGUUUUCAGUGGUGAUGAUGAUAGAGAUUGGAUUUUGAGUCAAACCCAUCUAGACUCGUAUUUAUGCAGCAAUUGCUUGAGACUCACUGCUGCUCCGCCAUGAAAAGAACUGGAUGUCUUUUAGCACUGAAGAGGGAGCCAAAAUAGACACGCUUUCAUCUCUCAGAUAUUACAUAGACGUUUUCCUCGUGUAUAAGAACAGCUCGAUGAUGCUACAGCGUAAAUAGACUUCUUUUGUGAAGAAUUUGGAUGGCAGCAGAAGUUGAAACUGACUUAUGGCUUUAAGUAAAGCUGCAAUCAUUAGCUGACAUUGAGAUUGUGAAGAUUUGCAGUUGCCCUAGAGAUUUUGAAUGUAAAAUAUAUAACACACCAAACAACUGGAUGUUAACUUGCUGAAGUGUGUACUUGCUGAAUGUGUACUUUCUGUGCUCACCAAACAAAACUUUCAAAUGAAUGAUUGUUGCAAACAUGCUUUCUGAACACUGCCAUUGGUCGUACAAACUUAGUCCCGCCCCAAACUAAUGCCAUUGGUUGGGAUGCUUAAAUAAACAGACCCUUUACACUUUUCAUCAAAAUCAACCCAGAUGGCAUAUAUAUGUUAUAUUUAUGUCUGAUAGGAUAAGGUAUUUUACAUAAAUACACACUUUAACACACUUUUUAAAGGGGUAUAGUCACACUUGCCACAGAUUUAUACAUUAUGUAUGGUGAAUUCAGAUGACUGUCAAAAGCUGUCCCAAUCAACCUGAAUUCAUCCUAUACUCUUAAAAAAAUUAAAGGUUCCUGAAAGGUUUUUUGUUGGUUCCAUGAGGAACCUUUAACAUAUGCAGAACCUUUCUGUUUAUGCUGAAGGUUCUUUAGACCAGUGGUUCUUAAACUUUUUUCCCCUCUUGUGCCCUCCGUAGCCCCCCCAAAGAAAUUGUAUGACAUAAAACACUCAAAACGUAUUAAAUUAUAUAAUGUAGAGCUGUUGGUUAGUAACGUUAUUUUUCUGAGGUUUUAUUAGUCAGAAUUUGACAAAUUAAUGUAUUUUAUAAAAUGUCAUAAAACUGGGGCCCCCUAGGAAAAUCUUGUGGCCCCCCAGAGGGCCAAGGCCCCUAGUUUGAGAACCACUGCUUUAGACUAUAAAAAGGUAAUAAAAAAAAUGAAACAAUCUUUGACUUACAGGUUCCUUGCGGAACCAAAAAUGGUUCUUCUAUGACAUCACUGCAAAAAACCCUAUUUAGAACCAUUAUUUUUAAGGGUAUAUACAAAGAGCUCAGAUGCAAAAGCCGCUAAACGCCACCUUCCUCAAAAAUGAGAGAAUGCUUUUGGCACGUAAGAAUUUAAUGAACAACUGCGCAUCUACGUCAUGGUGCAAGGUUUUUCCCGGUUAGGAGGUUUACCGAAUACCAAAAUUUUGAGACUUUUACUUUUAUUCAGAAGGACAGUAAGGAGUGACUGAAGACUUUUUAAAAAGUGGAUAUUUUUGUACUUACGUAUAUAUGGUUUUGCAGCAAAAGUCCAAUCUGUUAAAUCCCAGAUGACUAAAGCUACAUUUGUAAAAAAAAAUAAGCCAUUUUAAUUACUGACAAAUUGAAUAAACUGACAAAUAAGAGCCUGAUAAAAUGGUUAUUUACAAGAAAACAUGUCAGACGCACUUAUAGUGGGUUUUGCAUCUGAGCUCUUCAUAUUGAAUUGUUACCUCAGCUGCCUUUAAGUGACUUACCACCAUAUAGUGUUUAUGAUUGUGUCAAGCUGUUAUAUUUGUGAAAAGUCCUUUGUACAUGUCAAAUAUGAUUUUAUCUUAAAAUCUAUAUUGCUGAAGAAAAUGCUUGCGCAUUCUUGCACAUUUGUGUUCUGUAAGACACAAACGCACAAGAGCUGGAAUAACAAUCAUCUACCUUCUCUUUGUAAUUAGCCCUAUUCACACACCACCAACAAAGAGAGGUGUCAGAGAAAAAGAGAGAUAGUUCGAGAGCGAGAGAAAGGAGAGACGAAGGGAUUAUAGAUGCAGAAUGAGUAGAGGAGCGAUGAGUGUUGGGAGGUGGAAUGGUCAAGUGUUGUCGUGCUCUAGGGUCUUUUAAUAGAAGUUUACACCGUGUGAUCCUAUUGUGGUGUUAGAUAAUGUGUGUGGCUGCUUUUGUGCUCUUGGGGAGGUUUUCUGUUGGAUUUAAUUGUGUAGACGGACGCUCUGAGGUGGUGAGCAGAAUCAAAAUGGUGUUGUAACUGGAAUUCGAUUUCAACUAAAUAUAUUAGGCGUACGCUGAGAAUUUAAAUGAAUUAUUUUAAAGCCUCUUUGGAGGCAUACACAGAAUAAUGAGGAAAGUAGAGAGAAAAACAGAAGCCUUUGUUUAAAAUUGUGUCUUAUGUGUUGAGAGGUUACAGACAUUCAGUUUAACUACCCAGAAAGUAAUUUUGCAUUUAAAAGAGACAUGGGCACGACAGACACAAAAUAA